AUGCGAGAGCAGUUCCGGGAGCAAUACCACAAAAGCCCCGUCUUGUUCCCCUUUGCGAUUGCGACCAUCGCCCUCGUGGCCGGCAUCUGUGUCUUCUAUAUACCGUGGUACUACAAAAAUGUCAUUAUAAAACCGUACCACAACUUCCCCGAGCCCGUCGCAAAGAAGCUGCGCAAAGCUCUCUUCUACAGCCGCGGCAAAUGGCUCGACAUCCGCGAAGCGAACAAACAUUUUCGCCAGGCCCUCGCCCUCGCCGACGAGAUGGGCAUGGAUCCCUUUAGCGAUGAGAUCAUGGGCGUCAAAUACACCAUUGCUGCGCUAUUUGAAGACGCGGGGUAUUACAGUCUGGCCAUUGACGUGCUGGAGAUUAUGCGCAACGACUGCCAGAAGUGGGUGGAUGAAUUCUCGGAUAAGCAUUGGACGACGGGGAAUAGAAGCAGGGUGAAGAAGAACAUGGUGCAGAUUAACCUCAAGCUGGGCCAGCUCUACGACGUGAGAUAUGUCAACGAGCCUGAGAAUGGUGAGAAGAGAUUGGUCGAGGCUGUUGAGAGCGCGCUCAAGGAGCAACAAAGACGGGAGCGGGAUGGUGUUAAGAAUGGCGAGGGGCCAUGGUUGACCAACGACGAGAUGGGUGGUGUACUGGAAGCUCUCGGAACACACUACGAGCAAUUCGACUCGCAUUACCUUGCAGCACCACUGUUCGUCAAGGCGCUUCAGCUGUGUCCACCCACUUCGUGCCACAGCGUUGUCCUCAUGAACAACAUCUCAACCUGCCUCGUCCAACAAACCCCGCCCUCCACCACCGACGCCAUCACCAUGGCCCCCGAACCCACCGACUUUCCCGUCUCAAACUCCGCUCCCCGUACCCUUCUUAUAGAUCAAGCGCGGCAAUGGGCGGAACGGGCAUUGGCCCAGGCAGCACAGAUCAAGGCGCCUGAGCGGAACCAAGAGUGUGACAUGGGCUGCGCCGUUGCAACACAUAACCUUGGAGAGUUCUUUGAGAUGGAAGGUAAGGUUGGUGAGGCAAGGCAGAGGUAUGAAGAAGCGGCUGCUUUGGCGAAGAAGAUGGGAUUUGCGGAGGGGUUGACAAAUGCGAGAGCCGGGUUGAAGAGGGUGAAAGAUAUGGAGAACAAGGCGUGA